UUCAGAAGAUGUGACCAGACACCGACAUGUUUCUGUAAAUUUUCCUGAUGCUCGGAACAGAAUCGGAGUAAACCUAGAAAACAAAAAAAUUGCAGUGAGGUGCCAGUUGUGAAGGCGAGUGCAUUAACCAUAACCUCCUUCUGUUCUACACAAUGGAGAUGGACGACUUCUUCGGAACAUCUGGGAAUUUCAACGUCAGCUCCAAGUGCCUGAUAAACAAAGACUUCACGUUCCAAUACCUGUCGGCUGUUUAUGUCGUCGUCUUCCUGGCCGGGUUCCUCGGCAACGUUUUCGGCUUGUGGAACUCCUUUCUCAACUGGAAGAAGUGGACUUCUUUGAACGUCUUCGUGCUGAACCUCGGCUUGGCCGACCUCCUCUACAUCAUCACUCUUCCGUUUUUCGUGUCGUAUUACGCCAACAAAGGAGUGUGGGUGUUUGGUUAUGAAUUCUGCCGCCUGGCUCGCUGUCUCUUUCACGUCAACAUGUACGCCAGCAUCAACUUUCUCACCUGUAUCAGUGUCCAACGCUACCUGGGCAUUGUCCACCCGAUGAAGACUUUAGGGCGAUUUAAGAACUUGCGUCCUUCGCUGUACAUCAGCCUCCUGUUGUGGGUUUGGGUGAUUAUUCAGGUUCUACCAAACCUUCUAUUUACAAACAUGGACAAAAACGACACCUACUGCCACGAUUCUGUCAUCAACGAGCAUCUACCCACCUACACGCCCUACUCCAUGGUUGUAACCGUCACCGGAUUCUUCAUACCGUUCCUCAUUAUCGUCGGCUGCUACACCCGCAUUCUUUUGGUCUUGAAAAAUAACAGAAGCGUGAAUCCCAACGUGAAAAGAAAAAGUAUCAAACUGGUCUUGAUCGUUUUGAUUUUGUUUUUUCUCUGUUUUUUCCCCUAUUACAGCUUCCGGAAUUUUAAUUUGUUCUCCAGAACGUGGCAACUGCAAGGAACAUGCACCAAGGCUCUGGAGGACCUCUACGUCACCUACCAGAUCACCAGAGGCUUGGCUUGCCUCAACAGCGCCAUAAACCCUCUUCUUUACCUAGUGACCAAUGAGAACUUUGUUUCACAGUUCCAGAAAUUGAAGAAGAAAUCCUGCUGCCACAGGUUUGUGUUCCUGGGAAGAAAUCAAGCCAACCAGGACACCAAAACCCUAGACUUUAACCUGAAGGAGCUUGAACAAGUAUCUGAAGAACGUUAA